ACCCAGCUGAAGUAGUUUUUGAGUGGGUAACGGGUGAAGAAUGCAGGGGAGAGUGGCAGUUGGCCAGAUGCCGAACCACCACCAGGGGUGGUUGGCAAACUGCAGCCACCCAAGGGGCUGGAGUAGUUUUCAAACAGUUUGACUCUUUUCAUCAACACCAGCACCACAUUAUCCCAGGAGGAAAAGCAGACGCGUGACAGAGUCGGAGAGCAGGCACAGAGUGCUGUGGUAGUCAGCCAGUGCCCACAUCAACACCAAGGAGAGUCAUGCGGGUGCUGUGCAAGGCCGGGUGCACGCGUUACUUUGGCUAAAAGGAGGUGAGCGGCACUCUGCCCUUCCAGAGCAAGCAUGGAGCAACAGGAUCAGAGCAUGAAGGAAGGGAGGCUGACGCUUGUGCUUGCCCUGGCAACCCUGAUAGCUGCCUUUGGGUCAUCCUUCCAGUAUGGGUACAACGUGGCUGCUGUCAACUCCCCAGCACUGCUCAUGCAACAAUUUUACAAUGAGACUUACUAUGGUAGGACCGGUGAAUUCAUGGAAGACUUCCCCUUGACGUUGCUGUGGUCUGUAACCGUGUCCAUGUUUCCGUUUGGAGGGUUUAUCGGAUCCCUCCUGGUCGGCCCCUUGGUGAAUAAAUUUGGCAGAAAAGGGGCCUUGCUGUUCAACAACAUAUUUUCUAUCGUGCCUGCGAUCUUAAUGGGAUGCAGCAGAGUCGCCACAUCAUUUGAGCUUAUCAUUAUUUCCAGACUUUUGGUGGGAAUAUGUGCAGGUGUAUCUUCCAACGUGGUCCCCAUGUACUUAGGGGAGCUGGCCCCUAAAAACCUGCGGGGGGCUCUCGGGGUGGUGCCCCAGCUCUUCAUCACUGUUGGCAUCCUUGUGGCCCAGAUCUUUGGUCUUCGGAAUCUCCUUGCAAAUGUAGAUGGCUGGCCGAUCCUGCUGGGGCUGACCGGGGUCCCCGCGGCGCUGCAGCUCGUUCUGCUGCCCUUCUUCCCCGAGAGCCCCAGGUACCUGCUGAUUCAGAAGAAAGACGAAGCGGCCGCCAAGAAAGCCCUACAGACGCUGCGCGGCUGGGACUCUGUGGACAGGGAGGUGGCCGAGAUCCGGCAGGAGGAUGAGGCAGAGAAGGCCGCGGGCUUCAUCUCGGUGCUGAAGCUGUUCCGGAUGCGCUCGCUGCGCUGGCAGCUGCUGUCCAUCAUCGUCCUCAUGGGCGGCCAGCAGCUGUCGGGCGUCAACGCUAUCUACUACUACGCGGACCAGAUCUACCUGAGCGCCGGCAUACCAGAGGAGCACGUGCAGUACGUGACGGCCGGCACCGGGGCCGUGAACGUGGUCAUGACCUUCUGCGCCGUGUUCGUGGUGGAGCUCCUGGGUCGGAGGCUGCUGCUGCUGCUGGGCUUCUCCAUCUGCCUCAUAGCCUGCUGCGUGCUCACUGCAGCUCUGGCACUGCAGGACACGGUGUCCUGGAUGCCAUACAUCAGCAUCGUCUGUGUCAUCUCCUACGUCAUAGGACAUGCCCUCGGGCCCAGCCCCAUACCCGCGCUGCUCGUCACUGAGAUCUUCCUGCAGUCCUCUCGGCCAUCUGCCUUCAUGGUGGGGGGCAGCGUGCACUGGCUCUCCAACUUCACUGUGGGCUUGAUCUUCCCGUUCAUCCAGGAGGGCCUCGGCCCGUACAGCUUCAUUGUCUUUGCCGUGAUCUGCCUCCUCACCACCAUCUACAUCUUCUUGAUUGUCCCGGAGACCAAGGCCAAGACGUUCAUGGAGAUCAACCAGAUUUUCACCAAGAUGAAUAAGGUGUCUGAAGCGUACCCGGAAAAGGAGGAACUAAAAGAGCUUCCACCUGUCACUUCGGAACAGUGAGUCUGGAGAGGAAGCCAGUGGAGCUGGUCUGCCAGGGGCUUCCCACUUUGGCUUAUUUUUCUGACUUCUAGCUGUCUGUGAAUAUCCAGAAAUAAAACAACUCUGAUGUGGAAUGCAGUCCUCAUCUCCAGCCUCCCCACCCCAGUGGGAACUGUGCAAAGGGCUGCCUUGCUGUUCUUGAAGCUGGGCUGUCUCUCUCCAUGUUGGCCUGUCACCAGCCCCGAGUCAAUUAAACAGCUGGUCCUCCACUUUGCUGGUUCAGCCUUCGUGUGGCUCCUGGUAACAUGGCUCCACCUUGCUGGGUCAACCUUUGUGUGGCUCCUGGUAACAUAACAAAAACAGUUACUAUAGUGGUGAGAUGGAAGGAAUCAAAUUUUGCCAGAGAAACUAACUCAGUGGCCCCGACAGGUCUUCCAGGGCCAUGGGCAUUUGUUUAGAGCCAAAUUCAUCCUCUUACCAGAUCCUUUUCCAGAAAUACCUGUCUAGGAAGGUGUGAUGUCAGAAACAAUGACAUCCAGAAAGCUGAGGAACAGGUUCCUGUGGAGACACUGAGUCAGAAUUCUUCAUCCUAAAUUAUUUUGUCAGUGGAAAGUGGAAUUGCUUCUGUGUAGUCAAUAAAAUGAAUCUGAUCACUUUUCAACAA